ACGAGCUUGGCCUAGGGUUAGGGUUUAUGGGAGGGAUGAGCUGAGUCGCAUUUGGAGGGCGCUGGGGAUGCGCGCGCGACCGGGCGCGUCCAGCUGCUGGAGGAGGUAAAGAAAAUAAAUUCCGGAUUGAUUCGCCCCGCGGAGGAGGGGAGGAAUUUCUUCGUCAAGCUUAGAUCUGGCACGCAUCGGGUGUAUAGCUUCUUUCCCUCCCCCGGAUUCGUCAGCGCCAGGGAAUGGAAGGCCGCGAUCCGAGCGGCGAUCUGGACUUUCGAGAUGCGGGGGACGAUGUAGAUAGAGGCGCCAGUUAUUUGGAGCACAGCGAUGGAUCGAAAUUGGAGCGGAAUCCGGCGGCGGUCGAGCUGCGCGCUAGAUCUGGCGAUGGCGGGCAUGCAGAGGAAUUGCCAGGGGAAGAUUUCGACAAUGUAAAUCUGUUCGAUAGGAGUGGCGGCAUUGUAGAGGGGAAGAUCGACGGGAAUGGGUUCCACGAUCUAGUUAUGUCGUCGAGAAGAGAAGAUGGCGGCGGGGAGAUAGAAGAGGUUGAUGAGUCCACCGCAGGGAAUUCGCCUGGGUCCUCGUCGGUGGUGAAGCUCGAGGAUCAGUUUGACGAGGUGAGCUUGAACGACAACGUCGGUACUCCCAGUGGUUUUUCCUCGGCCCGUGACUCGGUGAGUAGCAUCACCGUUUUAAACUCGGGGAAUGCCAGUCCCAAGAGCUCGUCGCUGGGGUCUCCUCUCCACUCGCGGGGAAAGGCUGUUCUUCCCGACGCGUCUCCAGAGCUCAUGCGCCUCAUUGAUUCGGCGAUCCAGGGCGCCGACGCCGACCAGAAAAGCUUGCACAAGCUCAAGAGGGUGGUGGCUGGUGAAGAGAGUAUAGAAGGUGGCGACGGCAAAGUUGACAAUGAUACUCGUGCGAGGCUGGUGGUGGAGAUUCUUCUUGCAAAGAUGGGUGGCAUUGAAGCUCUGGACGACACUGCUGCGCCAAAGAUGAUGCUGAGUGCCGGGGCUGCGAUCGUGGCCGGAGAGCUUAUUCCUUGGCUUUCGUCAGAGGGAGAUACUGGGAUUUUCGUGUCGCCGAGAACGAGAAUCGCCAAAGGCAUCACUAUGACUCUUCAGGCAUGCACGCGGAACAGAGCGAUGUGUUCGGCGGCCGGGCUGCUCAGAGUUCUCCUAGAAGCGGCACGAAUACUUUUCGCUCGAAAGGCAGCUGCUGAAGAACAAGGUCACGAGUGGGAUGCUAGUCCUUUGCUAGAUGCUAUCCAGGCACUGGGAUCUCACUGUUUGACAGUAGUGGACCUCCGUCACUGGCUCUUCACGGUAACGGAGACUGGACAGUCGCUUGAUCUUGUUCUCGCAUUGGAGAAGACAAUGGCGGGAGAAGAAACGAGAGGUCCUGCCUACACUUUCGAGUUCGAUGGAGAGAGUUCUGGAUUACUCGGCCCUGGAGACAGCAAGUGGCCAUUUGGCAACGGUUAUGCGUUUGCUACCUGGCUUUAUAUCGAAAGUUUUGCGGACACACUCAACACUGCGACGACUGCUGCUGCCAUUGCUGUCGCUGCGGCCGCGAAGACGGGGAAGUCGUCAGCGAUGUCAGCAGCAGCCGCAGCAAGUGCUCUAGCGGGGGAAGGAACUGCACAUAUGCCUCGGCUUUUCAGCUUUCUGUCAGCAGACAACCAGGGAGUUGAAGCGUACUUCCACGGGCAGUUUCUCGUGGUCGAGAGUGCCGUGGCCAAAGGAAAGAAGUCGUCUCUUCACUUCACCUAUGCGUUCAAGCCGCGGAGGUGGUACUUCGUGGGCCUGGAGCAUAUCUUCAAACAGAGUCUGAUUGGAAAGGGAGACAGCGAAGUGAAGCUCUACGUUGACGGCAGGCUCUACGAAGCACGUCCUUUUGAUUUUCCGCGCGUGUCCAAGCCGCUAGCGUUUUGCUGCAUCGGCACAAAUCCUCCACCGGCAAUGGCUGGACUUCAGAGAAGGCGGCGUCAGUGUCCUUUGUUUGCGGAGGUCGGACCGAUCUACAUUUUCAAAGAACCAAUUGGUCAGGACAAGAUGAACCGGUUGGCAGCAAGGGGUGGUGAUGUCGUUCCUACAUUCGGGAAUGGUGCUGGACUACCUUGGCUUGCUAUAUCCGAGGAAUCGAGGGCCUUGGCGGAAGAAAGUGUAGCACUGGACAUUGAAAUCGGGCCGAAGAUUCAUUUACUGUACCAUCCUCAGCUGCUGAUCGGGAGGUCGUGCAUAGAUAUUUCUCCUGCGGGAUCGUCAGGUUUGCACAGAAGGCCGGCUGAGGUUCUUGGCCAUGUCCACGUUGCUUCUCGCGUGAAGCCCAUGGAAGCUGUCUGGGCGAUGGGUGAAGGAGGUCCUCUAGCGCUACUCCCCCUUGUGGUUGGAAGCGUCAACAAGGAAACGUUGCAGCCAAAUGCUGGUGAUAUCACUCUCUCCGUAAGAUCAUCAUUUCUAUCGGGGCCGAUCUUGCGUAUAUUGGCUACUGCUCUCAAGUACCCAGGCAACGCGGACGAGAUGACAAGAGGCCACGCACCAGAACUACUUGCACAUCUUUUGGGCCACCUUCUGGUUAUCUCAUCAAUUUCGAAGUCAGUGGACGGACAGGAAAGAGACGAAGAGCUUGUGGCCGCCGUGGUGUCCCUUUGUCAGGCACCUAAGGGGAAUGCUACCUUGGAAGUGCAGCUAUACAGUAGCUUGCUUCUCGAUCUGAAGCUUUGGAGCAGGUGCAGUUACGGCUUGCAAAAGAAGCUGCUAUCAUCACUUGCAGAUAUGGUUUUCACCGAGGAGAAGACAAUGAGAGCUGCAAAUGCAGUUCAAAUGCUGCUGGACGGUUGUAGAUCUUGUUACUGGAUUGUUCCGGAGCCGCACUCGGUGCAUUCAUUUGCGGGUGGCAAAAAUACUAGGCCUUUGGGAGAAAUCAAUGCUCUCGUCGACGAGCUUCUGGUGAUUGUGGAGCUUUUAACUGGAUCGGCUCAGGGACCUAUUGCAGCGUCUGAUGUUCGCUGCUUGGUACAAUUUGUUCUUGACUGCCCACAGCCCAACCAGGUCGCGCGAGUUUUGCAUUUAUUGUAUAGACUUGUUGUACAGCCAAAUGCUGCUCGUGCUGCGACCUUCGCGGAUUUGCUGAUGAAAAAUGGAGUGGUUGAGAUGCUCUUGACGCUCAUACAAAGAGAAUCCGAGAUAGGUGAAAAUUCCGAGGGCCUAAAUUUGCGAGAACUGGACGAGGAAGAAGAGGGUGAAGAAUUUGAAGAAGUGCCCGAAGGUGAUAUAACGAGGACAAGUUCUGAUUCUGAGGCUCCAGUUCUUUCUCAAAAACCGGUGGGACACAAGAACGUCGGAGGUAUCACAUUAUCAAUCAGUGCAGAUGCUGCUAGGAACAACUUCCGAAACGUGGAUAAGGGAGAUGGCAUGAUGCUCGGGAUAGUUGGACUGCUAGGGGCACUUCUCGUUGGGGGCCAUCUCAAGAGUACCAUAGGAAAUACUGUCGCUGGCUCUGGAGCUGUUGAGUCACCUGGACUUGCGUCCUGGCUUUUAUAUGCGUUGCAGCGGGCGUUCCAGGUUGCUCCUAAGCGUCUGCUCACUCGUAACGUGUAUUCUGCCGUCUUAUCAGUUGUUGUGAGGUCCGAGGGAGGAAUGUCGUCUACGGAUGAUGGUUUGGCAAUUUUUGAUACCGUUCAUCGAUUUGAACACAGACAGCUUUUUCUGUCUCUGCUUCGUGCUCUUCCUUCAGCACCACGAGAAAUCCAGCUUCGUGCUCUCCAGGACAUCCUCUUACUAGCAUGCACUCACGCUGAUAACAGAACGAGGCUGACCGCUAUGCCAGAAUGGCCAGAAUGGCUACUGGAAAUAUUGAUAGCAAACUAUGAGGUGGGACUGCGGCAAUUGCAAGAAGGACUCACGAGUUUUCAGGAUCUCGAGGAGCUCAUCUACAGCUUCCUGACUAUAAUAUUGGAGCAUUCAAUGCGUUCUAAAGACGGAUGGAUGGAUAUUGAAGCUGCUAUUCAUUGUGCAGAAUGGCUUGCAAUAUUUGGCGGUCCAAGUAUGGGAGAGCAGCGGUUAAGGCGCGAGGAGUCUCUUCCUGUCAUCAAACGGAGAUUACUUGGAAACCUACUAGAUUUUGCUGGGCGGGAGCUCCAAAAGCAGACGCAUGCAGUGGCAGCUGCAGCAGCCGGUGUAGCCGCAGGUGGUUUGUCCCCAAGAGCCGCAAAGGUGGAAGCGGAAGCAGCUGCUCAUCUGUCCAUGUCUUUAGCGGAGAACUCGCUCGUGCUGUUGAUGCUUGUGGAGGACCAUCUACGUUUGCAACAUCAGGCUUUCAAUUCUGGUAUUUCAACCGGUUCCCUCAGCGUUGGCUCGAUGUCUCCGAGAGGGCAGAAUGUUUCGUCUUUUAUGUCUUUCGGGAGAUCCAGCUUCGAUGGCGGAGAAAACUUAGGCUCUCGAAGGUAUUCAUCUGGAAGCGAUUCUGGGCUUCCCAUCGAGGCAUUCACUUCCAUGGCUGAUUCAAAUGGACAGGUUUCGGUUAGUGCUAUUGAACGGUUGACAGCCUCUGCAGCUGCGGAGCCUUACGAGUCCGUCAGAUGUGCCUUCGCCUCUUACGGUAGCUGCGGAGUAGAGCUUGCUGAAGGGUGGAAGUCGAGAAGCCGCAUGUGGUAUGGGGUUGGUCUUCCAUCCAAAGGUACUUGUGGAGGAGGUGGUGGUGGCUGGGAAUCAUGGAGUUCUGCUCUGGAGAAAGACGCCAACGGAGAAUGGGUGGAUUUUGAACUGGUCAAGAAAUGCAUCGUUAUGCUGAAGUCCUUGCUACUCGACGACUCAGGCCCUGGAGGAUCGGGAGGAGUUGGCUUUGGAGGGGGUGCAGGAACUGGAGCUGGAGGUGUUCAUGCCUUGAACCAGCUUUUAGAUAGCGAUCAACCUUUCUACGCGAUGCUUAGAAUGGUUCUCUUAUCUAUGCGGGAAGAGUACACGGAGGAAGUGCAAGAGGAAAGCUCUUAUGAACAAAAUUUUGAGACUCAUGGAUCGUCGGUAAGAACAAGAUCUGCUUUGCUAUGGUGUGUUAUCUCUCCUUUCCUGACGAUGCCCUUGUCAGAAGCCAGAAGGCAACGGGUUCUGGUUGCUGCAUGUAUUUUUUACUCAGAGGUUUGGCAUGCUGUAAGUGCCGAUAGAAAGAUCCUGAGAAGACAGUAUGUCGAAGCAAUUUUGCCACCUUUUACAGCACUUUUACGGAGAUGGAGACCUAUGCUAUCUGGCGUUCAUGAGUUGACGGACGCGGAUGGUCUGUCUCCUCUUACUGUUGAGGAUCGACCUCUGGCAACGGAUGUUGUACCUUCAGAGGCUGCUCUUGCUAUGAUAUCACCAUCUUGGGCAGCUGCAUUUGCGUCCCCCCCUGUCUCAAUGGCAUUGGCAAUGGCGGCAGCUGGCGUUGGUGGGGGUGAAGCAUCAGCUCCAAAAGGUUUUCAUGUGAAGCGGGAAGUCGCAAAUGUGGAACGCAAGUUUCUGAGAUUUCGUACCUUUUCUGGUUUCCAAAAGUCGGCGCCAGCUGAACCACCAGUUAUAGCUUCUCCUGAACCGAAAGACAAAGCGGGUGCCAAAGCGGCAGCUUCAGCGGCAGCUAGAGAUCAAGAAAGAGCUGCGAAGAUUGGAUCAGGUCGUGGUUUAGGCGCAGUAGCUAUGGCAACGUCAUCUCAAAGAAGAUCUUCUACCGAUCGUGAAAGAGUUCAAAGAUGGAAUCUGCUAGAUGCAAUGAGUGCAGCUUGGCAGGAGUUCUUCUCUUUGGGCGGAGAAUCCGGACAAACGAAAGAACUAAAAAACAAAACAUUAGCUUCUUUGUCAGCUAUUGUGUUGACAACAAAGAGAUUACGUUCUCUCGAGGUAGAAAGACGAUUGACGGUGAUCGCGUCGGAUGCUUUUCGGUUAGGCAUUGGUCUGCGAGCUUGGCGUUCUUUACUUCGGCGACUGCUUGAGAUUGAAGCGCUCUUUGGACCAUUGUUGAGUCAAUUAAAUUGUCCUCGGACGUUUUGGAAACUUGAUCCGGUUGAAAACUCUCUAAGGAUGAGGAAGAGACUGAAGAUAAACUACAAAGGUUCAGAUCAUCAUGGUGCGGCAGCAGAUUACCGUGAACCAGAGGAAACACGUACUAGAGACUCUGCUCCUUUGCCAGAUUCUCUUUUGACGGCUGGAGCACCGGCGCUUGUGCCCGAGACCACUGAUGAAGGCACGGAAGACGACCUUGCAAGAAGUGACGUGGACGAUGUAGAUUUCAAGAGGGAAAAUCACUCUCCAUCUAAACAACACGAGUACGAGCAAAUGGCUGCAUCAACAGACUUUCCCCUCGCGUCGCCUGGACACUCUAUACCGGUCACUCCUCAGUCCAAAGAACGCUUGUUGCUGGAAGUUUCAGCCGUGUUGGUUCAACCAUUAAAGACCGGGAAAGGCAUGUUUCAGGUUACAACAAGUCACAUAUACUUUGUCACGGAUUGGAAUCAGGACAUUGUUGAUUCGUGUUCGCUUCCUGGAGGAACUAAGGUCUGGCAUAUUUCUUCUUUGAAAGAAGUUCAUAGUCGAAGAUAUUUGCUUCGAAAAAGUGCACUGGAGUUGUUUAUGCUGGACAUGUCGAACCAUUUUUUUGAUUUUGAGAGUGCAGACCAGAAGAGUCAGGUUUACAGGGCUCUUGUUCAAGCUCGGCCCCCUCACCUCAACACCAUCUAUGCCGCGACUCAGAGGCCCGAGCGGCUUUUGAAAAGAACACAACUCAUGGAGCAGUGGGCAAAUCGGCAAAUCAGUAACUUCGAAUAUUUGAUGCGGUUAAAUACACUUGCGGGAAGGACGUAUAAUGACAUCACUCAGUAUCCGGUGUUUCCGUGGAUUCUUUCUGAUUACACAUCUAAAAAGCUAAAUCUUGACGAUCCAAAUGUCUAUCGAGAUCUAUCUAAGCCUGUCGGUGCUCUCAACCCAUCUCGACUCGAGAAAAUUAUGGAACGAUACCAUAGUUUCGACGACCCUGUUAUUCCGAAGUUCCAUUAUGGUUCGCACUAUUCUAGCUCGGGGACGGUUCUCUAUUAUCUGACAAGGAUUGAACCUUUUGCAACACUUGCAAUACAACUUCAGGGGGGCAAGUUUGAUCAUGCGGAUAGAAUGUUCAGCGACAUUGGCUCUACGUGGAAUGGAGUUUUGGAAGACAUGAGCGAUGUAAAAGAACUGGUGCCCGAACUUUUUUAUAUGCCCGAAAUUCUCACAAACGAUGGUGGUUUUGAUCUAGGACGGACGCAGCUGGGAGAGCAAAUAGGAAAUGUCAAGCUUCCACCAUGGGCAGGCUCUCCCAUAGAUUUUGUACAGAAGCACAGAACAGCACUUGAAAGCGAGUAUGUGUCUGCUCAUCUUCACGAAUGGAUCGACCUUAUUUUCGGUUACAAGCAACGAGGGAGAGAUGCCGUGGCUGCUCAGAAUGUCUUCUUUUACAUGACGUACGAGGGAUCCGUGGAUGUAGAUAAGAUCACUGAUCCUGCCAUUCGAAAAGCGACUCAGGACCAAAUAGCGUACUUUGGACAAACCCCAUCUCAGCUUUUGACAAUCCCACACAUAAAGAGACUACCUCUACAUGACGUGCUACAUUUGCAGACCAUAUUCAGAAAUCCCAGUUCAACUGUGAGUUACUCCAUACCUUCUCCAGAACGGUGCAACGUCCCUGCUGCAAAACUUCUUGCUGCUAGUGACUCCAUCGUGACAGUAGACUUAAACGUACCAGCCUGCCAUGUUGCAAUGCAUAGAUGGCAACCAAACACCCCAGAUGGCCAAGGGUCUCCGUUCUUAUUCCAGCAUUCGAAGUCUGCUGCGGGCUCUAACGGAGGAUCUCUGAUGCGCAUGUUUAGAGGACAGCCCGUAGUUGGCACUGAAGAAAGUCAUUUUCCAAGGGUUAUUGCGUUGCAAGCGCAUGGCAUCAGGAGUGAUGCGGCUGUGGCAAUAUCUUCCAACGGAAGGCUAUUGUUUACAGGUGGACACGCCGACAACAGCUUGAAAGUAGUGGCUACUAACAAUGCCCGAGUCAUUGAAAGCGCAGUUGGUCACUCAAGGCCGAUCACUUGCGUUGGAUUGUCUCCGGAUGGAAGGACAAUGGUGACAGGGUCUCAAGACGCUACAGCAAUCAUCUGGAGAGUGCAUAGCAACUCGUUUGCUAGCACCAGCGGUUCAAGUGAUCCUUCAACAAUGGCAAGCGGGGAUUUAGGCACUGUGGACAUGAAGAAGAGACGGGUGGAAGGGCCUCUGUGUGUUUUGCGAGGACAUGUUGACGAGCUCAGCGUUUGCUGUAUCGACGGCAGCCAGGAUAUUGUAGUUUCUGCAUCUCCAGGGAGGGGUGUUCUUCUUCACUCGGUAGCGAAGGGUAGAUUUAUUCGGCGGCUAGACAUAGAUAGAGCGGACAUCCUAGCUUUGUCCACGGAGGGGAUUGUAGUGGUCUGGGACAGGGGAAGCAGUAGACUCCAAACGGUGACGCUCAACGGGAUUCAAGUAGCUACCAGAGGUUUUGAAGGUGAUGUAAGUUCCAUCGUGACGUCGUCGGAUGGUCGCCACAUUAUCGUCGGUUUCACGUCCAAGAAGCUUCACGAGCAGCAAGGUUUUGAGUUGCAUCAUCGUCCGCGAGUUCCCGACGAUGAAGUUCCCGACUUAACACCCAAGGCGCUCCCAUCUAUCUCACUUCUCGACAUUUACACGCUCCAGGUGAUUCACACUUUGAGGCUCCAAGACGGCGAAGACGUGACUGCCAUGGCUUUGAACAGAGACAACACAAAUCUCGUGGCUUCUACUGCCAACGGACAGCUCCUUGUAUUCACGGAUCCCGCUUUAAGCAUUAGAGUGGUGGAUCAAAUGCUCCGUCUUGGCUGGGAAGGAUCAAGCUUCUCUACACUAUGAUAUACGAAUUCUCCUGCGUUGAAGAGGAAGGAAAAAAAUGAAAGAAUGUUCCUUUGUUUUUUGGUGCGCCAUUUGCGUACAACGUCGUGUUGUGAAAUACAUUGUUUCAACAUUCCACAUAACGUGGUUGGUUGAGAUUAAAGAUUUAAGGGGGAAUGAGGAAGUCCCUUUGUUUUUUAAGAA